GGUCGAGCGCAUGCCUCCCUCUGCCUGGCUCCUUAUAGUGCCGGGCGGGAGGCAGGAAUUCUGACUGAGUGGUACGGACAUCGCCGCCGGAGACCACAAACACGAAGCUCUCCCUUUAAACAAGGUCUCAUGAUCGACAAGUCUUUCAAUCAGUUGUCCUGGCGUGGAGGAUCAGGGCGAACGCACGUCCUCUAACACUUAAAGCAAAGUGACGGUGAUAGUGGAGCACAACAUCAGGAGCAGCUGACACUCACGGGAAUCCAGAGGACGAGCAGGCAGAAGAAAGUCAUACUAGUUUGGAAUGACAUGAGGGUGAGUAAAUGAUGACAGAAUUUGUAUUUUUUGAUUUUGACCUGUUGAUCAUGCAUCAGCUGUCUGUGACUUCCGUGUUCGUCUGUCUGUGGCUGCUGGAGAACUGCCAUGGCAACCGUAGCUUGGGCAACAGCCUCAAUGAUCUACACACACAGUUUGGCGUCAGCCUCUACCAAACACUCACAGAGACAGAGAACAACUCCAACCUGAUCGUGUCUCCAGCCAGCGUCUCGUUGUGUCUGGGUCUCCUGCAGUUCGGUGCCAGGGGAAACACUCUAGCACAGCUUGAGGGAACACUGGGAUAUGACGUGAAUGAUGCUCGAGUGCAGGACAUUCUGUCUCGGCCACAAGGAGACCUGGGUAAUUCCAGUAUAGGGGUGCGGCUUCAGCUUGCCAAUGCUUUAUUUGUCCAGAGUGGUGUGAAACUCCUGCCAGAAUUUACCCAGCAUGCCUUGGAAUGGGGUAACAGUAGUCUACUGAGUGUAAACUUCAGUAAUCCAAACCACACUCAUAGUCAGCUACAGCACUGGGCUCGUUCCCAGAGUAAAGCUGUUGACCAUCUCCAGACAAGAGAGGAGCAACUUCAGUCCAGUGAGGGCCAGGAAGAGGCCUCGAGGCAAGACAGUUUACUGCACAUGGCUCUUCUGAGCACAGUGGUGUUUCAAGGUGCCUGGCAGAAACAAUUUCUCUUCACUGACACUCAAAACUUGCCCUUCAGCCUCUCAGACGGCAGCACAGUCAAAGUGCCAAUGAUGUACCAGUCAACCGAAGUCAAUAUUGGUCAUUUCCGCCUGCCGUCAGAGCAGGAGUACACUGUGCUGGAACUUCCGUACCUGGAUCGUUCACUCAGGCUACUGGUGGCCUUACCUAGUGACCGAAAAACCUCUCUGUCACAGCUGGAAAGGCAGCUCACGGCCCGUGCUGUGGGACUGUGGGAUACUGGAUUAAGACGCACUAAGAUGGAUAUAUUUCUGCCCAGGUUCAAAAUGCAGAGCAGGUUCAACCUGAAGCCUGUUUUACAGUCUCUCGGUAUCUCUGAUGUGUUCAGUCCCUCAGCUGCUGAUUUUAGAGGCAUCUCAGAUGGGGAAGGGCUUUUUGUAUCGGAGGCUUUCCAUGAAGCAAGAAUAGAAGUGACAGAGGAAGGGACAAAAGCAGCUUCAGCUACAGCAAUGGUGCUAUUAAAAAGAUCCCGUUCAGCGGUUUUCAAAGCAGAUCGACCGUUUCUCUUUAUCUUACGGCAGAUCAGUACAGGUUCAUUGCUGUUUAUAGGUCGAGUUAUGAAUCCAGCCGAGAUGUCUUGAGAUGAUACAUGUCAUCACAACUGCUUCAAAUGAUAGACACACACAGGGGACUUGUGUCAAUAUACAUUUGUAUGGUUUUGCCCACUCAACACAACCCUCCUCCCUUGCGGGUGGGAGGUCAGAGGGAUAUCUAAGGACCGUUAGGAGGGUCCACUGACACUUCAGGAAGAGGGACAAGACUUUUGUACAUAUCUGUAAAUAAAAUUUUAUUACAUCAGGGUUUUUGCA